AUGGCCACAUCAAAGGACGAAAUCACUGUCUCAAGCAACCAAGGCUUGUCAAAACACGUUACUGAAGUGGCCACUCUUCUUACUUCCUCUACAGGAGCGAACAAAAAUAUUUUAUUCGAUGGGGAUUUAUUUUUAAAAAAUUAUAUAUAAAUUUUUAGUACAAAUUUUUGUUGAAAUUGGAAAGCAAAAAUUAAAUUAUUUGUAAAAUUUUUGUUUUAAAAUGCAAGCUGCUUAAAAUUUAACAGAAUUAGCAGGAGAUUUCAUUGUAAUAAUUAUCACUUAUAUAUCAAAAUAUUUUUUAUAAAACAUUUUUGUUUUGGAGAGGUGGGAAGGGUAGCGAAAAAAGAGAAGCUAAAAUUACUGCUAUUAACUUAGCCAUUCCUCAAGCUCUCAACCUUGUAGAACUCAUCAAGCACCGUGUCAAAGGUCUUUAUCAGCUCAACUCCUUUGAGCGUGUCCCAAACAGCAACAAGACCAGAGUCACUUUUCUUUUAAGUUUGGACCCACUUGAUUCAAGGAAAGAAGGCUACCAACCUCCAAUUGCAGAGUCUGAAGUCCAAGAAAAGAGUCUUGAAGAGCUCAAACAGGCCCCACCAAGACAAGAAAGAAAACCUCAAGAAGGAACAGCCACAUCUAGACCAAGAGGAUCAAGAGGUGGCAGAAGAGGAAGCCGAUCAGGUGGCAGACAGCCAAGAGGUGGAAGCAGAGGAGAAAGACCUGAGACUACUAAAAGAGCUCCUCAAGAAGGAAGACGAAAAGUUGAAGACUCUGAAGAGCGCAAAGAAAGAUCUCCAAGGAGAAACGAAUGGCAGAGCAAGAGACCUGAAGGAAAAGAAAGUACCAAACGAGAAGAAACCUCAGGCAAGGACGAAGGAUACCAAAGCAGAGAAGGAGGAAGACCUCAAGGCAGAAGACCACGUGGAAGAGGAAACUUCGGAGGCAACAGACCCCCAAGAACCCAAAACCCUGACUUCAAGCCUAGAACUAGAAGAGCUCCAGAAAUGGAAAAAUAUACCAGAGCUCUUAGAAACCCAGCAGAAUCUACUAAAGCUCCAAACGAAGUCUUAAUCAAUGCAAGAGCCCAUCCUAAUAUUUUUAUCAGAGAAGCUUUAUUGUUGUUCAGACAAGAGAACUUAAGAACUAUUAUUAUUAAAGCUAGCGGCUCAGCACUCCCUAAGGCAGUUAAGGUUGUAGAAGAAAUCAAGAGGUAUGAGGCUGGACUUCACCAGUUAAAUAAGCUCAGCAAGAGAAGCGUUAAAGAUGUAUUCACUCCAAAAGAGCCAGGACUUGAUGAGGUAGUCAAAGAAAGAGAUAUUGACGGGUUUGAAAUUACUCUUACUAAAGAUGCACCAGACGUUAAAAACACUGGGUAUCAGGCACCUCUACCUGCCAGUGAAGUCAGAGAAAUUAGCAUAGAAGAAAUACAAAAACUUUAA